UUGGGUGAAGAGAACAAUAUUUUGCUAAUUGUUUGAGGGAAACACCAAGCUCCUCAAACAUUUUCUCCAGAACAGGAAGCUGUUCGCUGCCUUAAUAUAGUGAUAUCCGUAUCAUUGUCACAUGUUCAUCAGCAAAAACAGAAUACGCCCAAGAUGUAAUCUAAAGGUAAAGAGGAACAACAUCAAGCAAGUAGAAAAGUUCAUCUACCUAGGAAGUUUCAUAACAGAAAAACGGUAAAUAUUAUGCAGAGAUAAAAAGAAGAAUCGGUAUUGCCAAACAAACGUUCACAAAAUGCAAAGCAUACUCAAAGAUUGAAAAAUGCUAAUGACCACUAAAAUCAGGAUUCUGAAAUGCUACAUCUAUCCUGUGCUUGCCUAUGGCUGUGAAUGCUGGACCAUCUAAAAACAAUGGUAGAACGAGUGCAGGCAGCGGAAAUGUGGUUUCUGAGGAGGAUGUUAAGGAUUUCAUGGAAUGAACACACAAGCAAUGAGGAAGUUUGAGAAGAGCGGGAUCAAAAAGAGGACUUCUAACAUCAAUCAGGAAAAGGCAGAUGGAGUUUUUUGGGCACGUAAUGAGAAGGGAAGGCUUGGAACAACUAGCAGUUACUGGAAAGGUAGAAGGAAAGAAAGGAAGAGAAUGACCAAGAAUUGGAUAUGUGAAGGCUUUGAGCACGUGGGCAAAUGUAGAAGCUAAAGAAUUGAUUAAGACAGCUAAGAGCAGGGUAGAGAUGAAGGCCAUGACAGUAAACACUGGCAAAAAGUUUGUCAUGAAGAGCACCAUUGCAAUCAUUUUUGUUAUCAGAAUACCUUUGUUGACAAGGAAAAACAGGGAGAAAAAGUUAAUAAAUCGGGAGACUGGGAGAAAGCAAGCAAAACUUUAGGUCUACCGGCGUAACCAGGAGAGUUGACUGAUCUGCUACAUCUAUGGCACAAAAAUCUCCUUUUGCAAUAAAAAGAACAAUAAUGUUGCUUGUCUGAUGUUUUCUGCUGUUGCUGAAAUGUAAAUGUGCAUGUCCUGUUCGCUCAUUUACAAGACAGCAACAGCAAAAGGACUGCGCAGAGGAUAGCCUACUGCGAAAUUAAAGAGGCUUCUAAAAACGUAGAGAGACUGCAAAAAUUAUCAAUCCAUCCAUGAGUCUGUAUUACAAUGUAUCAGUUGAUAGGUGAUACUUCCGUCUGGACUACGACCUUGUAAAGUAUCUUGUUUCAACAACCCCCGGCAGAUAAAUGUAUAAAAGGUCUUUCAUUCUCCAAAUUUUUCUCUUCCAAGAAAAUUCAAGAGAAGGAAGAGAGAAGGGCUGACACAUAAAGUGAUUGGUGCAACAGUAUCAACAACCGAGAACAUCUAUUCAAAUGCCCUAAAUCCGAUUGCAAAAUGACGUUCAAAAUAGGCAUCUUUCUAUGCCUCGUUGCUGUGGUGAUUGCCUCGAAUGCAGCAGAGGAUCUCACCAGCAGUGAAAAGACAGCAAUAACCGCUGGAUUCACGACUGGUGAAAAAAUAGCAGAGACAAUAGCGAAGUUUGGAGAUCCUAAAACAUCGAAGGUUUUUGGGGUGAUUGAUAAAAUGACAAGUUUUCUUGGUGCAGCUGGAGGAUUUGUAUCGCUUAUUCUUGCGUUCCGCAACAGGAUUCUGCAGAGUUGGCGUACAUGAAGAAACAGUUUACUCUUGUCAAUACCAAACUCGACCAAAUCACAUCUGAGCUAGAUAACAUCAAAGGAUUAAUUACAUAUGAAAACCAAAGAGCUGCUUACCACUCAUCUGCCCAUGCCAUACUAUUUGGACAUAAGCAAAUGAUGCGACUCUUCAAUGAACUGCAGAAGACAAGAUGCACCACAAAGGCCAACUGCAAAAGAAUUCGCACACGAAUCGCCCAACGUUAUAUUGCGUCACUUAACGUCAAAGUUCAUCUCGACAAAAUUUUGCAUGGUUCAAGCAAGCCCACUUCAUUGUUUGGAGAUCCACUUCUUCUUCUUGUGAAGAAAACGUUCAAAUGUGACAUUUCAAAAAUCAACCAAUUUGCUAACGGUGUGUUUAAGCUAGCUUUCAAAGGCCAACAAGUUCUCCUUUUGUAUGAAAAAUUGACUGGUAGCAAACACAGUAUUACCCAAAGUAUGAGCGAUUGGCUUAAAAGUAUUUAUGACUUGCGGGGCAUGUCUUGGAAGUUGAAACAGCAGUGCUUUAAUAACAUUAAGACACAGAUGAUCAAGGACAUACGGAACAGUAAGUACCAAAUUGGAUCGAGCACGAAUGCUAUAGCAAACGCGAAAGUGAAAAGAUUUUUGGAGUUGAAAUACCCUUGGCUUGAUGUCGUUGCAUUUUCAUAUGACGCUUAUGGUAAAGAGAACCACUGCACUACAAAUGUAUACGGUGCUUUUUGGUACAUGCCAAGUGACAAGAAUGCUAGAAAACGAAAUCUAAUCGUAAGCUUUGCUGACAAAAGAGGCACAUAUGAUAGGCAGAAAUAUGACAUUCUAAACGGAUUACAUGACAUCGUGACAAAUCGAGCUUUGUUUAGAACCAGUAGAGACUACUGUAAGACUCUUGCUACGAUUAGACAGCAUUUGAAAAUGAAGAACCUAUGGAAGUAUGUUGUCAGUUUGACAGUUCGGAAGAAAAAUGGUGAAUUGGCGGUUACGAAAACGAGUGACUUGAUAAUUGUCAACAGGAAGUACACUAUUCGUUACACAGUAAAUAGACGCCAAACAAGAAGUUUUUUGGCCUACAUCGUUGUGGUUUUAAAGUCAACGGAACAAGCAAAGAGAAGAGGGUGCAUGUUAGCAUGUAAGAAUCAAGGACAAUGUAAGCAGUAUCCAUACUCAAGUGCACAGUAUUGUGAAUGCAAACCGUUUUACGAAGGGAACCUUUGUGAAAAGCACUCGAAAGCAGCUCUUGCCAAAACAAUCGACAUGAUGGUUACCACGACACUUCAAAUACCAGUUCUUAGCGAUGUCUAUUUUGAUAUUAAAGAUCUCAGAAGGUUUGUUGGCAUCAAUUUUGUUAAUAUUCAGAAAGGUAUCAGCAAUUUGGAAGCAAGCAUUCAACGAAAAUUCAACAGUCUAUCCUUUGGCAUUGCGAAUCAAUUCAAGUGGGCAAAUUUCAUAACUCAGUACAAAGAUUCAAUUCACACAAUCGAAUAUUUUUCACAUCGUUUCGAACAACUUCCAGUAGAACACAAGGACGAGAAAAAUCUUCAGGUCGCAGGCAAGACUCUAGCAAACAAGGUACUCCACGUUUCUCGUGGUAUACGUAAACCGUUAUUCCUUCUCAAUCAGAUGUUAGUCGGUAAAUUGAACAAGCCUCUUUUACGGCAUAAACCGUUGCUAUUGACUUUCAUGGAAUCCAAAAACAAAGCAGGAGAGCCUUGUACAUCGGCCUACAAGCGGAGAGUUGAUAACUAUUGGCGACAGCUGAUUCUUCUACAGCAGAUUGGCUAUAUGGUAUGGGCACAAGCACUUGAGUUUGUUGGGAGGAAAACAAACAUAGUUGACCAAUUCUACAAGCAACGAAUAGCUGCUCAGCUUGCAAGCAUUAAGGGAAAAACAUGCCAAUACAGCAUUGUGAACUCUGCAAACAUCCACUGCAAAGGACAUUAUCUACACUCUGGGAUGCAAAUUACAAACAGAUGUAACAGAAACUAUUAUGUUGUUGGCUCCAAGCGGACUUCUUGCAGAAGGAAAGUUUCAGGCUGCAAUCGAUGUCGUUGCUAUAGACGUGGAUCAACAACCACGCAAUGCAUUAACUUCAAUGGGAGGUGUCAUUGUAAAAGAGGCUUUUAUGGCAAUCACUGUGGCAACAGAGACUGUGUUUGGGGACACUGGUCGCGGUAUGGACAUUGCUUGAGGUGUGGCUAUGGCGCUAGGAAACAGCGUCAUCGUGGAAUUCGUAUACACAAAUUGGGAUCAGGGAGAAGAUGUUACGGAUCAAGAUAUUCAUAUGCACCAUGUUUUAGGGGAUGUUGCAGAAACCAAUAUCACUGCUCUCGUAGAAGGAAGUGUAUUCCUUCUUACCAAAGAUGCAAUUAUGAUAACAAUUGUGGAGACAAGCAAGAUGAGCAGCAUUGCAAUGAGCGCUGUUUUUGGCGAUAUACCGGACUCAAUAGCUACGGAGGAGGAAGGGUAGUGUACCUUGAUAGACAACGACCGUACUGUCCGUCCGGAUCAGUAAUGAAGUCAUUUGGGCUCCAAAGGAUUGGAAAUCGGAUCAGAUACCGGUUCAUUUGCUGCAGGCUCAAUAAGUACAUUUGCUACAACCGUGCAAAAUAUAAUAGAUACUCGUAUGCCGUUCAAAUUCUCGUGGACAGAGCCUUGCUGCACAGUCGGUUCAUUGUCCGGGUUCAGCCUACCUCUCCGGUUUUAGUCUGUCCAGGAAUCGAUCUGGUAACAGAAUCAGGUACAUCUACAAUUGCUGCUAUUUGCGUUUCCAGAGACACAAAACUCGCUCUUACUGCUAUUCUAGGUACACGCGCUGGACAAGUGAUGGUAAAGGCAAUAUCGUCUAUCUGGAUCGACAGUAUGUCACUUGCGGCCACCGCUAUUUCCUGUCGUAUUUCAGGCUGCAGCAUAGAAGAGGGAAAUGGUGGGGUGCAGGAAGUUUUCGCUACCAUUACAGAUGCUGCAAGAUCAACCCUUGAAAAUGCAUUUUUCCUGUGGCAUUUGAUCAGGUAUUCGAAGUUUAAACUGAUACUGUGACGGUGUGUUUGGUGAUUCGAAUCUUUGACUAUGAAGCCAUUUAAAAACUAUCAAAACAAUUUUCUUUUCCUUAAAUGUACGAAUUUUUUCUUUGGGAUAAUGAUUGAAGAUAAAUGCAUAUUGAAUCACUGUGG